GGUCUGGUAGAUGGAUUAAUCCAAGCUGUCUUUACUCUCCACUUUCCCUACUGUGGCUCAAACAAGAUCGAUCAUUUCUUCUGUGAUGUACCUGCUGUUCUCAAGUUGGCUUGUGCUGAUACUUCUCUCUAUGAAUCCAUGAUCUAUGUUUGCUGUGUCCUAAUGCUGCUUUUGCCUUUCUCUGUUAUUUCUGCCUCUUACUUACGGAUCCUAGUGGCAGUUCUCCGAAUGCAUUCAACUGAGGGGAGACAAAAGGCAUUUGCCACUUGCUCCUCCCACAUGACUGUGGUUACCCUUUUCUAUGGGGCAGCCAUGAUCACAUACAUAAGGCCCCAGGCAUACCACUCUUUCAAACAAGAUAAAGUAGUUUCUGCUUUCUAUACUAUGAUCACACCCAUGCUCAACCCUAUUAUUUACAGCCUAAGGAACAAGGAAGUAACUGGGGCCCUUAAGAAGCUGUUGGGAAGGUGUAGCUAUGGCAGAGCUCAAAACAAUAAUUGA